AUGGAGUGUCAGGAACUGCCUUAUGUACUAAUUGACUGUAUAGGAGGGAAGCAUGGAGUAUAUGAAGACCACGUUGAGUUUCUGGAGAAACAUUUUCAUCUCAUCACCAUGAAAGAAUAUCUUGAAAACAAGAAAUUUCUUGGCAAAAAGAUCAGAGCUAUUUAUAUGUGGUAUCACAAACCAGUUAUUAAUGAAGAGCUGCUCCAGAGCUUGCCUAACUUGAAGAUAGUUGCGAGCUCUGGAGUGGGAAUUGAUCACUUGGACCUGAACCUCCUCUCCAGCUACGGUGUGAAAGUGUCCAACACUCCAUUUGUUGUUUCCAUUGACACUGCAGACUUGGGUAUGGCUUUGAUGCUGGCAUCUUCCAGGAGACUCGUGGAAGGCUAUCAGAUGGCAGUCUCUCCCGAAACGGAGUAUUUCCCUGCUGACUGGCUGGGGGAUGAGGUUUCUGGGACGACCCUGGGGAUCGUGGGAAUGGGCACCAUUGGCUACAAAGUGGCCCAGAGAGCCAAAGCCUUUGAAAUGAAGAUUUUAUACCACAACAGGAAUCAGAGAAACAAGGAAGAAGAAAGUGCUGUUGGAGCUAUUUACUGUAAGAAGAUAGAUGAUUUACUCCAACAGUCAGAUUUUGUGUUGCUGUCUGUGAACCUGACUCCACAGACUCACAAACUGAUUGGGAAGAGGGAGCUGGAGCUGAUGAAACCCACAGCUACUCUCAUUAAUAUCAGCAGAGGUCUGGUUGUGGAUCAGGAUGCUUUGGUGGAAGCCCUUCAAAACCAAGUUAUUAAGGCAGCUGCUCUGGAUGUGACAUAUCCUGAACCUUUGCCAAGGGACCACCCCUUGUUAAAGCUGAAGAAUGUUAUAAUAACUCCCCACAUUGGAAGUGCCACCAAAAAGACACGCCGCCUUAUGAUGGAAAACAUGACGGAAAGCAUACAAGCGGGUCUUACAGGUCUUCCUGUCCCUAAUGAAGUGUUACCGUAAAGCAGUUACAUUCAGCGUUAAUGCCAUCAGUGUUUAUCUGGGUGUGAGGAAACAGUAAUUUGAUCACCCUUCACGUAAUUAUUCCAUGUGUGUUAUACAGAUAAAACAUA